ACCAGCUUUAAACAUCUCUCGUUUUGUGUAAACUAGGGUUAGGGUUUAUCACUUCAAUAAAAUGGCUCCCAAGUCAGAUGCCAAAGGUGGAAGAGGAAAACCCAAGACCACAAAAUCCGUGUCUCGAUCUUCCAAGGCCGGUCUCCAGUUCCCCGUCGGUAGGAUCGCCCGAUUCCUCAAGGCCGGAAAGUACGCCGAACGUGUUGGCGCCGGAGCCCCUGUUUACCUCUCCGCCGUCCUCGAAUACCUCGCCGCCGAGGUUUUGGAGUUGGCAGGGAAUGCUGCAAGGGAUAACAAAAAGAGCAGAAUCGUUCCAAGACAUAUACAGUUAGCAGUGAGGAAUGAUGAAGAACUUAGCAAGUUGUUGGGGUCAGUGACGAUUGCUAAUGGUGGUGUUUUACCAAAUAUACAUUCAACUUUGCUACCAAGUAAGGUUGGAAAGGAUAAAGGUGAAAUUGGUUCUGCUUCUCAAGAGUUCUAGAUCUUAUUGCAUAUGAAGUUUUUGUAAAAACGAAAAAGGCCUGUUUUGGGGUUUUACUUGCAAUCGAAUUAUCAAAAUUUUGGUACUAUAAUCAUGUCUCCAACAAUGAUAUGAUAAUCUUUAAUGCGUACUUUUAGUUUAUCAUAUUGGUAUGUUUAUCAUGUUUGAAAAUUUCAAGCAGCAGUUUUUAUCAUGACUUGUUUGAAACAAGAACUACAAUACCUAGUAGUGGUUGAUAAUUAAAAAUUUCAAACAUUGGUUAAUGCUAAUGAAC